CGGCACCGCUCGCGCUUGUACAUAUAUAUAGGCGCACCGGCGAGCUCGCAUGGAGUAGAGCCAGAAGGAUGUCCCGCGUCGAGCAGUGUGGGAAAUAAUGCGCUCGCGACUGUCGAGUAGCUUUUCAUUAGAUGUCUUUUGUUAGCGUGAACUUGCUUUAUCAUAGUGUCAGAACGCAGUGUUGUUUAAGUCUUAGUCGGAGGAGUUAGACGGGAACUUUGUUAGCCACCUUCCCAGUUAGUCUUUAAUCUAACUCGGUAAAAACAUCUAACCCGCGCGGCUUUUUUCCCCGGUCUAUUGCAAUCAUGCCGCCGGUAGAGACGGACAAGGGUCAGAUUAAAGCCCGGAUACAGGAGCUCAUCGACAACCACCUUGUUGUGGUUUUCAGUAAAAGCUACUGUCCAUACUGUAAGAAGGUAAAGGAGUUCUUUAAAGAGGUGAAUGUGACCUACGAAGUUCUGGAGUUGGAUCUGAUUGAGAAUGGUGCCAUCUACCAGGAUGUGCUCAUGGAGAUGACUGGACAGAAAACCGUCCCCAAUGUCUUUGUCAACAAAACACAUGUAGGAGGCUUUGACAAGACCAUGCAGGCAUAUAAAGAUGGCCUCCUUAAGCAGCUGCUGGGAGAAGAAAGCACAGCCUACGAUUAUGACCUCAUUGUGAUAGGAGGUGGCUCUGGAGGUCUGGCGUGCUCUAAGGAAGCAGCUGCCUUGGGCAAGAAGGUCAUGGUUCUGGAUUAUGUUGUUCCCACACCUUUGGGCACGUCUUGGGGUCUGGGUGGAACAUGUGUAAAUGUGGGCUGUAUUCCUAAGAAGCUGAUGCAUCAGACUGCCAUGCUGCACACUGCUUUGGAGGAUGCACGCAAAUUUGGCUGGGAGUUCAGUGAGGAAGUAAGUCAUAACUGGGAAACGAUGAAGACUGCUGUGAAUAACUACAUCAGCUCUUUGAACUGGGGCUACAGAGUGUCUUUACGUGACAAGAACGUCAACUAUGUGAAUUCCUAUGCAGAGUUUGUGGAGCCACACAAAAUCAAGGCUACAAACAAGCGAGGCAAAGAGACGUUCCACACUGCAGCAAAGUUUGUGCUGGCAACAGGAGAGCGUCCACGCUACCUGGGCAUCCCUGGAGACAAAGAAUACUGCAUCACCAGUGAUGAUCUGUUCUACCUGUCCUACUGUCCUGGUAAGACUUUAGUAAUCGGAGCGUCGUAUGUGGCUCUGGAGUGUGGAGGAUUCUUGGCAGGCCUGGGGCUUGAUGUCACCAUUAUGGUACGCUCCAUUCUUCUGAGAGGUUUUGACCAGGACAUGGCCAACCGUGCAGGGGACCACAUGGAGACACACGGGGUCAAAUUCCUCAGGAAAUUUGUCCCUAUUAAAAUAGAGCAGCUUGAGGCUGGCUCUCCAGGCAGAUUGAAAGUGACUGCCAAGUCCACAGAGACUGAUGAGAUCAUUGAAGGAGAGUACAAUACUGUUCUAAUAGCAGUGGGUCGUGAUGCUUGUACUGGAACUAUAGGUCUAGACAAGGCUGGUGUGACCAUCAACUCAAAGAAUGGGAAGAUCCCUGUAAAUGAUGAAGAGCAGACCAACAUUCCACACAUCUACGCAAUCGGGGACAUCCUGGAGGGCAAGUGGGAACUGACUCCUGUGGCUAUCCAGGCUGGAAGACUUCUGGCUCGCAGGCUGUUUGCAGGUUCCUCUGUGAAGUGUGACUAUGUGAAUGUUCCUACCACUGUGUUCACACCUCUGGAGUAUGGCAGUUGUGGUCUUUCUGAGGAAAAGUCUGUAGAGCUUUAUGGAGAGGACAACCUUGAGAUUUUCCACAGUCUCUUUUGGCCUCUGGAGUACACCAUACCCAACAGGGACAACAACAGGUGCUAUGCUAAGAUCAUCUGCAACAAGUUGGACGAUAACCGGGUGAUUGGUUUCCACUACCUGGGCCCUAACGCUGGAGAGGUGACUCAGGGCUUUGGUGCUGCCAUGAAGUGUGGAGUCACAAAGGAGCAGUUAGACACCACCAUUGGGAUACACCCUACCUGUGCAGAGAUCUUCACCACAAUGGAGGUGACCAAGAGGUCAGGUGGUGACAUCAAACAGGCCGGUUGCUGAGGUUAAACCCUGCUUGUUUAAUAGGCUGUCCUAAAGCUGUAUGAACUGGUUCUCACUAGUUUAUACUGGCCUUAUCCUUUUAGAAGUUUCACUUUUUUGUCCCUCUUUGCAGUCAAAACACUACUUUUAGCGUUUGAGCACCACUCAAGUCUAAACCAAGUGUGCAAGGAGAUGGUCAACCACAGAGCAAUAAAAGAAGGAAUUAGAUAAAAGCGCAAGUGGGCUUAGAGUGCACUCAAAAGUUUAAUUGUAGAAAAUCUUUGGUUAGCUGUAGCUUUGGGGUCUAGGUUUGUAGGUAUUCUAUAAAUGCAACUGCUUAACACCAUUUGGAGUUUCUAGGGUUCAUCUUCAAGAGUGAUUGGUUUUUAGUAGUUGCAUAUAAAGAAAUGCUCAGACCAUAGUCCUUCAGGACUGAGCUAAACCUGCUGCAGAAGAGAGAAACUGGAGAAGUGAAGCUCAUGUAGGACAGCCUGUUAAACAGCGGGGUUACUCUGCUGCUAUAAAUCCUCCAAGCCUAAGUGAGAACUGCACUGGGGGAAGGCACCUGCUUUUGCAUGUUUACUCCCAAGUGCUAUGUGAUGUUUUAGCCCUUAACCUGAUUUCUGAGGUGGGCUAAGACUGAUAAUAGUUUGUGCUUAGACUUAAGAGGUAAACACACUUUCUUGUUCAAACACAGUUCAGUAACCUCAGCUCCAACCUCACAAGUAGGACUUGGGGCUCUUGAUUUCCCCAAAAUACUGCAGUGCUGCACAAUCAUGACUGUUAAAACUGGGUCUUUGGGCACAUGUGAUGAAUAUGUGUAAGAACUACACAGAAUUACUGUGAUUUAAUCUACCAUAGGCCAGGACAUUAAUAAUCAAUAACAUUACAAUAUUUUCGGGAACUGAGGCCAGAUUAUUGUUUUGUUUACUUUAGUAAGUUUUUGGUUUGUGGUCUACAUUGUUUGGCUUCUAUUUUUUCAUUAUUUCUUUCUGUAUAAUUACCAACAUUCCGUCCAUGGAUCAUUUAUUGAUUAAUUGGUUUAAUCCUUAUUUUUGUCUGUCCAAUGUCUUGUUGGAGGCAUUUCAUCAAACAACUAUUCAUGAGAUUGUGGUCUUAAUAAAACUCAAAGUGUCCAUUAAGCAUGAUUAAAUUUUAAAUGUACGCAUAACAAAUUAUCUGUUGCUGAUUUUGAUUUAAAUGCACUUAAAAUUUCUAAAUGUAAUACAUUUUAAAAAUACUAUUUAAAAGUUUUUUUUUCUGAGGAUAAAAUGCUAAUUAAGUUUGAGCUCCCUGUUCUUUUUAAAGUAUAUAAACCCCCUGGUUGCUGUGGACUUCAUUAAAUAAAUGUAAAGCACUGCUGAUGUGUUACUUAGCAACAAUGCCUGGUAUAGGUACAAACCUGUGUUUCUAUGGUAUCAUUGUUUUCAGAGUAAUUAAAGUUUAAUAAAGCUAUGUACACUGAACCUUA